ACUCUACGUACCGUACCGUACGUUCACAUGCAUUUUUCAGUGCCUGCCGUACCUUCAAUGAAUCACUGUUAACCAAUUUCUGGUUCGUGCGAAAGCCGAAAAUCACUUUAGCUCAAUUCAAAUUUGCAGAGUCCAGCAGCAAUUUCCUUGAAUGGAAGGACUCCAUUAUCCAAGGCCUUGUGGAUGUACAGGAAUCCGCUCCUGCCUCGUCUGUGAGGCCAAAGAUAUCCAAGUGAAGCAUGCACCAGCAGGCAGGGAAUAUUUUCAGGAACUCUGGAGAUACUGUUACUUGUGUGGAAAAAUCCAACCUCCUCCACAUUCUGAGGGGAUGAGAGACAAGAGAACGCAAUCAGAUAUAGGAUGCCCUGAUCACCAUGCUACACAGGGUUUUGUCUUGCCUGGGAUACAAGUAAUACCUGACUUUAUAACGGACCAAGAGGAAGUGGAGAUGGUGCACAGGAUUGAAAGGAGUCCAUGGAAGGCGUCUCAGUCAGGAAGAUUCAAACAAGACUAUGGCCCUAAACCAAACUUCAAACGUAGAAAAGUCAAGCAAGGUGGCUUCACUGGUCUACCAACUUUCAGCAAACCACUGGUGUCUCGCAUGAACCGUCUCCCAGAGCUUGAAGACUUUCUUCCUGUUGAGCAGUGCCACCUAGAGUACACGCCCGAUAGAGGGUCGGCCAUUGAUCUUCACUUUGAUGAUUUCUGGCUAUGGGGGAACAGACUCGUCACCAUCAAUCUUCUCUCGGACACUUCCCUAUUACUGAAAUAUGAAACUGAUACUUCUUGUCAUGGAGUACCCAAUGAAUCUGGAACAAAUCAGCAAGACAACCAUAAUGUUGGAAGCCAGCAAGAGGAAUGGCUAGUGCACGAACUAUUGAUGCCAAUGCCAAGGAAAAGUUUGAUAAUACUGAGUAACGAUGCUAGAUAUAAGUGGAAGCAUGCAAUACCACGAGAAGCCAUUCGAGCUCGACGCAUCGCUGUGACCCUACGUGAGCUUGCCACAGAUUUCUUGCCUGGUGGGAGAAAUGAAGCUCUUGGUCAAGAACUCUUGAACAUUGCGUUGACAUAUGAUGGAACAGUCGUACACUGAAGGUUAUGACUGAUUUUACUGCAAUAUUUGUUCUAUGAGCAGAUAUCAAUUUUCUCAAACCGUCCUAGGAGGGUUUCAGUGAACAGAAAUAUCCAAUUUUGAAAUAAAUGUAUUUCAGU